AUGAUUUUAAUAGAAAUAGUGUUGGCGUGUUAUAAUUUUUUCAUGAGUGUUCUCCAAGUCGUAUUAGAAUUAAUAAUUCCAAGACCUGUUAUCACUGAUCCAACUGCAACUCGUUUAAGAGAUUCACAAUUAACUGCACAAGUUAUACGUAAAUUUGAAACAAAUUAUGGUGAUGUACAUCCUGAUUUCUUUCAAGGAAGUUUUUCGCAGGCGUUUGAUCAAGCGAAAAAUGAUGUUCAUUUCUUGAUGGUAAUACUUGAAACUGAUGAACAUGACAACACUGAUAAAUUUAAUCGCGAGACAUUGACAUCUGAAUUAUUGGCGACAUUUUUACGGGAAAAUCAAAUUUUGGUAUGGAUUGCGAGUAUUACAUUACAGGCAACAACAUAUCCAUUUAUAGCAUUCAUUGUACUGCAGCCACCAAAUGGUAGCUCAGGAUCGAGCCAAAAAAUGACAGUGGUUGAUCGUAUUGAAGGAUUUACAACAACAGAGAAUAUUGUAACACGAUUAACAAAUCAAGUAAAUCGUCAUGAAAUGAGUCUGAGAAGAAUGCGUAAUGAACGAGCAGAACGUGAAGCUGCACGUCAAAUACGGGAUCAACAAGAUAUGGCUUAUCAAGCUUCAUUAUUAGCUGAUCAAGAAAAAGAACGUAAAGCUCAUGAAUUGGCUGAGGCUAAACGAUUAGCUGAAGAAAAUGCAAAAAAGGAAAAAAUACAACGAAAAUUAACUGAAGAAAAAAAAUUGAAAUGGAGACGUUGGGCAUUAUCAGCUUUGCCGGAUGAGCCACCCGAAUCUGAUAAAAAUGUAGCAAGAUUAAGUUUUAGACUUGCUAAUGGUGAAAGAGUUGUUAGACGAUUUAAGCCAGAUGACACUGUUGAGAUGAUGUAUGUGUUUGUUGAUACAUAUUUUCUUCGUGAAGAUCAUUCAUCAUCAUCGUCAAAUUUACAAUUUCCACCUGAUGAUUAUACCCAUAAAUUUGAUUUCUUGUUAAUUUCGCCAUAUCCAAGAACUGAAUAUCAUGUAGAUAAAUGUAAAACUAUAAAAAAUGAAAAUGAUAUUUGGCCAAAAAUUGUGUCAGCUAGAAAUAUUGACUAUCUAAAUGCAUCAAAUCUUGUUUUGUAUAAUUUAUUAGAUAUUUGA